AUGUCGAACAAGAUAGUUCUCCGGCAGGCAGCGUCGACGCACCGGCGACAACCGUUACUCAAUAGCCAAUCAUCGAGAACAGCCAUUGUCGGCGAAGUAAUCGGAAGCACCGCGGCGGAGUGCUUGGCGGUGGCCUGUUGCUGUCCAUGCGGGUUAGCGAAUAUUUUUCUGUUAGCAGUUUACAAACUCCCGGCGGGUCUUUGCCGGAAAAUACUCAGAAAACGACGGCGGCGGAGGAUUAUAAAAGAAGGCUUGAUACAACCGAAGCGUCGUAACUGUUGUUGCGGUUGUUGCGACGAUGUUAACGGUGUACCUCGUAUUUACCCUAUGUGUAUAAACGACGCUUCGGAUAUAAAACGACUGCAUGAUGGGUCGUUUGAGAAUAAUAACGAUGAAAAUGCUAUAGCUCUUGAGAAAGAGAUGUGGGAGAGAUUCUACAGUGCUGGAUUUUGGAGAAGUUCUUCAAGGAGAGAAAAUUCAGAAUCAAGAACAGAAAUGGUUUCUGGAAAAUUUCAAGUUCAAUUGAUUGAAUUGAAACAACAAACAACAAACAUUGGAUGA